GGGGGGUGGUUUGAGGUGUGUGGACAGCUGGAGCUCCCAGCCCGCUCAGCUACGCUCACCUGCAGGGAGGAGCCUCCCAGAAACUAUCCUUCCCAGGCCAGAUCCUCCGCCCUACACAAAACCCGGGCAGAGACACCAGGGACCUACUCGGCUGGAGCCUGAGCCUGAGCCUGAGCCUUAGCCUGUGUCCAAGCCGCAAGCUGAGCCUGAACACAGCCCCUCUUUCUACCACUAUGUUUAAGGGGCUAAGUAAAGGCUCCCCUGGGAAGGGGGUCUCCAAGGGCUCUCCUAAGGGCUCCCCCAGCAAACACAGCAGGGCCUCCACCCAGGAACUAGCACAACUCAUCACCCGCAUGCAGGCCAAUGCUGAUCAAGUGGAGAGGGACAUCCUGGAGACCCAGAGGAGACUGAAGCUGGACAGGAUGAACAGGGAAGAGAACCAAGCCCUCCAAUACCAAGAGGAGACCAGUCGGGACCUAAAGGAAGCUGAGAUGCUGCUGAAGGACCUGUUCCUGGAUAUGGACAAGGCCAAGAGACUGAAGCAUCCGCAGGCAGUGGAGAUUGAGAAGGACAUCAAGCAGCUACAUGAACGGGUGACCCAGGAAUGUGCCGAGUACCGCGAGCUGUAUGAAAAGAUUGUGCUGCCAUGUGACAUCACGGCAAAAGUCGACUGGGCACGGGUGCUGGAGCAGAAACAGAAACAGAUCUGUGAGGGGCAAUAUGGCCCAGGCAUGCCGGAACUGGAGCAGCAAAUUGCCGAGCACAACAUCCUGCAAAGGGAGAUCGAAGCUUAUGGACAGCAGCUUCGCUGUUUCAGCGGCCCGGAUGCUGCAGCCAUCAAGAACCAGUAUCGAGACCUGCUGAAGGCAGCCACAUGGCGUGGGCAGAGCCUGGGCAGCCUCUACACCCACCUGCAGAACUGUACCCGGCAGCUCAACACCCUGGCUGAACAGCAGCGUCGCAUCCUCCAGCAGGACUGGAGUGACAACAUGGUGGAUCCCGUUGGGGUGCGCCAGGAGUACGAGCACUUCAAGACCCAGGAGCUGUUGAUCCAGGAGCAGUGUAUAAACCAGCUGGAGGAUGAUGGGGAGCGCAUGGUGGAGCUCAAGCACCCAGCUGUGGGACCCAUCCAGGCUCACCAGGAGGCCCUGAAGACUGAAUGGCAGAACUUCUUGAACCUAUGCAUCUGUCAGGAGAACCAGCUGCAAUGCGUGGAAGACUACCGCAGGUUUCAAGAUGACUUGGAUGUUGUCAACCAGAAGCUGAAGAAACUGAGCUCAGACCUGAACACUAAGUACCACGCCACCCAGGGAGGUCCCCCGGGAGCAUCGUCAGACCUGCUUCGGCAAUUGGAGGCUGAAGAAAGGCAGCUGAAUACAUUGGAGAAGACCAUCAAGGACCUGAAGAAACAAGGCCAGGAGAUUGCCCCCCUCCCUCUUCGAAGGACCCAUCUUGUGAAGCCCAUCCAGGUGGACAGCAUCUGCGACUGGGACUCUGGCGAUGUACAACUAUUUAGGGGAGAGAAGUACACGCUGAAGGAUAACCAGGACCCCCACACCUGGGUGGUGGAGGGCCCUGCCGGGGAGUCCAAGAGAGUCCCAGCUGCCUGCUUCUGCAUCCCCCCACCCGACCAGGAUGGCGUGGCUAGGGUCGGCAGGCUAGAAUCAGAGCUGCAGGCACUGAAGCAGCAGUGUAAGGACCUCCAGCGCGGUCUGAUGGCCAGUACCAGUGAGCUAGUGCGGCCCAGCAGGCAGGCCCCCUCAGGCACUGCCCCAGUCAACCCCCAAGCACAGAAGCUGCUGACCCGGCUGACUCAGCUGGAUAAUGACCUAAACCAGAUAGAACAUGAGAUUCUGGGCUGGGUCCGUGCCCCUGUGAACCGCAGUGCCCCCCUGGAUGACCUCAACACUCGUAUCCGGAGCCAGGAGAACACUGCUCGGAGGCUUCAGGGCCUGGAAGCCAAAAAAGAAGCCACCCAGAAGGAAUGUGAGGCUUUCCUGUCCUCUAAGCCAACUGGACCCACUGUGCUUCACCUGCCAGUGACUCUUAACAAUGUCAAGAACAAAUACAAUGACGUGCAAGUCCUCUGCGGUCUCUAUGGGGAAAAGGCAAAAGCAGCCCGUGCUCUAGAACAGCAGAUCCAGGCUUCAGAUAAGGUGAUUCAGGGCUUUGAGUUCAACCUGGUCCAGGAGGCCCCCAUCACUGCCAGCCCUGGAGCACUGCAGGAACGAAUCAGUCAGCUGCAGGGGCAAAGACGGAAGUUGCUGGAGCAACAGUCCUGCGUACUGGGCCUGCACCGGGAGCUGAAGGCCACCGAGCACGGCUGUGGGGCGCUGCAGAACAACUUCCGAGAAUUCUGCCAAGACCUGCCCCGACAGAGGCGUCAGGUGCAGAGGCUCACUGACCGCUACCACGCCGUAGCGGACCAGCUGGACCUUCGGGAGAAGGCAGUGCAAGAUGCCAGCCUCAUCUACCAGCAAUUCAAGAAUUACGGCGAAAACCUGCGCUCCUGGAUGGAACACCUCCCCAGCAAUGAGCCGGGGCCCAGUGACGGGUCCAGUCAAAUCCACUAUAAGUUGCAGGCUCAGCAGCGUCUAGUACAGGAAAUUCAGAAUAAAGAGAAAGACAAAAACACAAUAUUCCACCUAUCCCAGGACCUGCAAGCUGCUCUCCAAGACUACGAGCUGCAGGCAGACAAGUACCACAGUUCCCUGGACCCCACACUGACUGCAUCUGUCCCCAAGAGGCCUCGGAUCACUCCUCUGCAGGACAGCAUCCAGGCCCAGGAGAAGGACAUAACCAAGCACUUCACUGAGGUUGCUGCCAAAAAGCAACAGCAGCUGAGCCAGCUGGAGUUUGCCAAGAAGGUGUUGGACAAGAAGGAAAUCAAUGAGGCUAUCCAGCCGGCUUAUUACCCCAAGCAGUGGUCUGAGAACCAGAAUCAGAGCAGAGAGUCAGAGACACAGGCACUGAAGACCCAGCUGGAGGAAGAGAGGAAGCGGGUGGCCCAGGUUCAGCAGGAACUCCAGGAGCAGAGGCAGCAGCUGCUGCUGCUGAAGACCCAGAAGCCUGUGGAGAGGCUAGAGGAAAAGGAAGUGGUAGAGUUCUACCGGGACCCCAAGCUUGAGAGCAGCCUGUCCAAAAUGAAAUACCAGGUGGAGGAGGAGGGCAAGAAGUGGGCCAGCAUGAAGGCAGACCUGGAAGCAGUGAACCAGCAGAUAGCCCAGCUGGAAAAGGAGAAGAAGAACAUUCAGCCCCAUCUGCUGACCAAAGAAGUCACCCAAAUCAAGAGGGACCCUACCCUGGACAGCCAGGCGGCCCAGAUCAAUGCUGAGAUCGAACAUCUUCGGGGAGACAAUGCCACCAUCUCUGCCCAGCUGGAACAGCUAAAGAGAGAACUAGUGACUCUGGAACAGAAGGAGGCAAAUGUGAAGGAGAAGGUCGUGGUGAAGGAAGUGGUCAAGUUGGAGAAAGACCCCAAAAUGGUCAAGGCAUCCUGGGCUCUGAAGCGGCAGAUUGAAGAGGAUGCUGGCUGCAGGAAGGUGGCAGAGGAGGCGGUGGCCAAGUUGUGGGCUCGUGCCCAGGAGCUGGAGCAGCAGAUCAGCUCUAUAGAGCCCAAAGUCAUUGUGAAAGAGGUGAAGCAAGUGGAGCAAGACCCUGGAAUCCUUAAAGAGUCCAUCAAACUAAAGAACCUCAUUGAGGAAGAGAGGAAGAAGAACAUGACGCUGACCAGGGAGCUGAAGGAACUGCACAGCAAGCACAGCAUGGUAGAAAAGCAGAAGCCCAAAGUAGAACUCAAGGAGAGAGUCAAUGAGAUCUUCCAGGUGGAUCCAGAGACAGAGAAGGAGAUUGCUCGGCUCAGGGCUGAGCUCCAGGACACCACAAAGAGAACUGCCACUGAGAAGGAGGUGGAGGGAACUCUACCAGAGCUGACCAUCCUUCGGGCCCAGAAGCCAACUGUUGAAUACAAGGAAGUGAUCCAAGAGGUGGUGAAACAUGAGAAGAGCCCCGAGAUCCUCAGGGAGAUUGACCAGCUGAAGGCCCAGCUCAAUGAUCUGGUCAACACCAAUGGCCGGUCUCAGGAGCAACUCAUCCGACUGAAAGGUGAGCGGGAUGAGUGGAAGAGAGAGAGAUCUAAGGUUGAGACCAAGAUGGUGAACAAAGAAGUGAUACGCUAUGAGAACGACCCAGUGCUGGAGAAGGAGGCAGAACGUCUCCGGCGGGAGGUGCGAGAUGCGGUCCAGAAGAGGAGAGCAACAGAAGAUGUGGUCUAUGAGCUUCAGAACAAGUACCUGCUGUUGGAGAGGAGGAGACCUGAGGAGAAGGUGGUAGUCAAGGAAGUGGUGAUUACCCAGCCGGACCCGAAGCUCCGUGAGGACCACAGUCGCCUCAGCCGUAGCCUGGAUGAGGAAGUGGCCAACAGGCGGAGGCUGGAGCGUGAGGUGCAGCAGCUCCAGGCCACAGUGGAGGAGAAGGAGAACCUCCUCAGCUUCCAAGAGGACCGUGACAAAAAGCUAGCGAUCGAGAAGGAGCUGCGGCAACUGAGCCUGAGGAUCCAGGAGAUGGAGCAGCGGCCUCUGGCAGUGCAAGAGAAAAUCAUCAUGGAGGAAGUGGUCAAGCUGGAGAAGGACCCAGAUCUGGAGAAGUCCACAGAGGCCCUGCGGCGGGAUCUGGACAGGGAGAAGAACCAGGUGAUGGACUUACACCGGGAGUGCAAGAAUCUGCAGGUUAAAAUUGACAUCCUCCAGAAGACCAAGUCUCAGGAAAAAACCAUCUACAAGGAAGUCAUCCGGGUGGAAAAGGACCAAGUCUUAGAAAAUGAGAGGUCCCGUGUGUGGGAGCUGCUCAGUAAGGACCGGACUGCAAGACAGAACAGGGAAGAGGACGUGAGGAGACUCAAGGAGAGGAUCGAGAGGGCUGAGGCUCUGAAGAGGACCUGGUCCCGGGAAGAGGCCGAGCUCCAGAAAACCAGGAGCCAGGCCAGCCAGGAGCGAGCAAAGCUAGAGAAGGAAAUGAGGGAGCUCGAGAGGCAGAAGCAGGAGAGGAUGCUGUGCUUACAUGAGGAGUCCAAACUGCUCAGCCAGAAGACAGAAAGUGACCGGCAGAAGAGGGCCCAACGAGACCAGGAGCUCUCUCAUCUGGAGGAGGCUAUUCUCCAGGAGAAGGCUCAGAUCUAUGAGAAGGAGAGGACUCUGAGAGACCUCCAGCUAAAAAUGAAACAAGAAGAGAUGAAUCAGGACACCCAAAUGAGAGAGACCAACCUUUCCACGAAGAUCUCCAUCUUAGACCCAGAGACGGGGAAAGACAUGUCACCAUAUGAAGCCUAUAAGAGAGGCAUCAUCGAUCGGGGACAGUAUAUCCAGCUACAGGAACUGGAAUGUGACUGGGAAGACAUCACCACCAUGACCCCGUGUGGAGAGGAUUCUGUUCUCCGUGAUAAGAAGAGUGGGAAGCAAUAUUCCAUCGAGGAAGCCCUCCGCUGCAGAAGGAUCACCAAGGAGGAGUACCAUCUCUACAAGGAAGGCCACCUUCCUAUUUCCGAGUUUGCUCUCCUGGUGGCUGGAGAGACCAGAACUUCCCCGCUCUCCAUCGGCUCUAUCAUCUCCAAAUCGCCCCUCUCCUCGCCAGCAUCGGCCCCCCAAACCACCAGCAUUUUCUCCCUGGGCUCCUCACUCGGCCUCAGCGAUGACACCUUUCCCAUCGCAGGUGUCUAUGACACAACCACCAACAACAAAUGCAACAUCAAGACCGCCGUGGGCAAGAAGAUGCUGGACCCCAUCACUGGACAGAAACUGCUCGAGGCCCAGGCAGCCACAGGAGGCAUCGUGGACCUCCUGACACGGGAACGCUACUCUGUCCACAAGGCCAUUGACCGGGGGCUGAUUGAGAACACUUCCACUCAGAGGCUGCUCAAUGCCCAGAAGGCCUUCACUGGCAUUGAAGACCCUGUCACGAGGAAGAGGCUGUCAGUGGGUGAGGCUAUCCAGAAGGGCUGGAUGCCCCGAGAGAGUGCCCUGGCUCACUUGCAGGUUCAGCACCUCACUGGAGGACUCAUUGACCCCAAGAGGACGGGCCGUAUCCCUAUUCCCCAGGCCUUGCUGGCUGGCAUGAUCAAUGAAGAGCUAGCUCAGCUCCUCCAGGAUGAAUCCAACUAUGAAAAAGAGUUGAUCGACCCCAUCUCCAAAGAGCGGCUAAGUUACAAGGAAGCCAUGGCCCGUUGCCGGAAAGACCCGAUGACUGGCCUGCUGCUCCUCCCUGCAACCCAAGAGAACUACUGUUCUUACCGCACAGCCUCCCCUUCUCGGCCGCGCCGUCUGUGCUAACGGAAGCACUCCUCAUGCGUGCCGAGCAGGCAGGAAGGCAUAUGUUAAAGGUCAUAUAUCUUUUUUUAGCUAAAUAAAAUUCCCUUUACCCUCCAAAGGCAGCUAGAUACCUGAUCUCUCCAUGUUCAAAUGCUUUCUCAUGAAGAGUGGUCUCUGUAUCUGAGCUCCCCUACCUUGAGUAAUUAACCACAUGUCCCUAGCCCCAAUAGUCUGUGUGACUUUGUCUUCCCUCUCUACUCCAGUGCAUGCAAUAAACUCUCCUAUUGUCUCAGUG